ACCCCUCUGCUUCGCUCUAAUAUCACUUCAGCUUCUCGAAGCUUGAGCUGUCAGGGGUCCACACAGUCCCAGGGUAAUGGCACCAACAGAGAAGGGUAUCUUGGAGCGUCUUAACGCUGGGGAGGUUGUCGUCGGUGAUGGAGGCUUUGUGUUUGCGCUGGAGAAGAGAGGCUACGUGAAGGCUGGGCCCUGGACCCCUGAGGCUGCUGCAGAGCACCCAGAAGCCGUACGUCAGCUGCACAGGGAGUUCCUGCGGGCUGGAGCCAACGUCAUGCAGACCUUUACCUUCUAUGCCAGUGAUGACAAGCUGGAGAACAGAGGCAACAAGCUCACCUUCACUGGAGCUCAGAUCAACGAGGCCGCCUGCGACUUGGCCCGAGAGGUCGCCAAUGAGGGCGACGCUCUGGUUGCAGGAGGAGUUUCCCAGACUCCGUCCUACCUGAGCUGCAAGAGUGAGACAGAGGUGAAGGCCAUCUUAAAGAAACAACUGGAUGUCUUCAUCAAGAAGAAUGUUGACUUCCUAAUUGCUGAGUACUUUGAGCAUGUUGAAGAGGCUGUGUGGGCCGUGGAGGUGCUGAAGGAGACAGGGAAGCCUGUGGCUGCAUCUCUGUGCAUUGGACCUGAGGGAGACAUGCACGGCAUCUCACCUGGAGAGUGUGCUGUCAGGCUGGUGAAGGCUGGUGCCCAGAUUGUGGGAGUCAACUGCCACUUUGAUCCCCUGACCUGUGUGAAGACGGUGAAGAUGAUGAAGGAGGCAGUAGAGAAGGCCGGGCUGAAGGCUCACUACAUGGUCCAGCCGCUGGCGUACCACACUCCUGACUGCAACUGCCAGGGAUUCAUCGAUCUGCCAGAAUUCCCCUUCGGUCUGGAGCCCAGGAUCCUGACCCGCUGGGAUAUGCACAAGUACGCCAGAGAAGCCUACAACGCUGGAAUCCGCUACAUAGGUGGCUGCUGUGGGUUUGAGCCUUAUCACAUCAGGGCUGUGGCAGAAGAACUUGCCCAUGAGAGAGGAAUAACGCCUCCUGGAUCAGAGAAACAUGGAGAGUGGGGGGCUGGUCUGGAGAUGCACACCAAACCCUGGGUCAGAGCCAGAGCACGCCGUGACUACUGGGAGAACCUGAAACCAGCCUCUGGUCGUCCACUGUGUGCCUCUUUGUCUGUCCCUGAUAGCUGGGGUGUUACCAAGGGCCAUGCCGAUCUCCUGCAACAGAAAGAGGCUACAACCAAGGACCAACUCAAAGAGCUGUUUGACAGGUCAAAGACCCAUUGAAUCCUUCCACUGUGUUCAGACCUGGCAGCAGACACGAGUCAAACAGCUGUACUGUGACGCUUCGGACAUACUGGGGUGUACUGGAGCUCUAUAUAAGGUGUGGUGACUAAUAUAAUGUCAAGCAGCAAAUUCUCACUUGACAAAGGACUGUUUUAUACAUCUGUUAAUUGAAAAUAAAUGAGGCCACACAGUCUUAAGUUAGAUUUGGCCCAUGUUGAAAAGAGGGACCUGUUUGUUUUCCUUAGCCCUGGACCAGUUUGUUUCAUAAGACAUCUAAUAAAAUUGAAAUUGGUUA